AGCGUUUCUGUGCUGCCGGAUAGACGUAAGAAGAGAUUGCUGCGUUGACUAUUUAGAUACUCAGUGAGCAAAUAGGUCAUGUCUGAAGACGUGAGUGUUGUAGUGGUGGGCUCUUGUAUGACUGACUUAGUUAGUCAGGCGCCUCGGCUUCCCAAAGCUGGAGAGACGAUACAUGGACACAGGUUUUUUAUUGGUUUCGGUGGCAAAGGAGCCAAUCAGUGUGUCCAAGCUGCACGAUUGGGGGCAAAGACUGGUAUGGUGUGCAAGGUCGGCAAAGACGUUUUUGGGAACGACUACAUUCAAAACUUCAAAAAUAAUGGCAUAUCAACUGCCUAUGUAGAACAGACUAAAAAUGCUGCAACUGGAGCUGCAUCUAUCAUCGUAAAUGACACAGGGGAGAAUGCUAUAGUGAUUGUCGCUGGUGCUAAUAUGCUCUUGGGGCAAGAGGAACUGCAGCGGGCACUUACUGCUAUAGUAAAUGCAAAGGUGCUUGUUUGCCAGCUUGAAAUCAACCCAGAUACAUCACUUCAAGCCAUGAGAAUGGCCAGAGAGAACCACGUGAAGACUAUUUUUAAUCCAGCUCCAGCUAUUGCGGAACUGUGUUCUGAUUUCUUCAAAGCAUCUGACAUUUUCUGCUGCAAUGAGUCUGAGGCAGAGCUAUUGACGGGCAUGUCCGUUACCUCAGUGGAGGAUGCUAGUCAAGUAGGUCUGGAGCUGCUAAACAAAGGCUGUGGUUCAGUCAUUGUCACCUUGGGGCCACAGGGCUGUGUGGUGUGUCAGCCCACAGACACAGCUCCUAAACACAUUCCCGCCACUACAGUGACUGCUGCCGAUACCACGGGAGCGGGCGACAGCUUCAUUGGUGCUCUGGCUUUUUACAUGGCCCAUUAUCCCACAAUGCCACUGGAAGAAAUGGCCAGGAGAGCCAACUGUGUUGCAGCAGUGUCUGUACAAACUGUCGGCACUCAAACUUCUUUUCCAUUUCGGAAGGAUCUGCCAACUGAAUUGUUCUGAAGGUGACCCUUGGCUUAAAAACAGCACCAUUAAUCUGUGCACAGUAUCCACAGAAUUAGUUUGUAUUAUAAACAAUACCAUGUACUGGAGAGUUCUAAAUAAUGUUAUUUCCUGGCAUUAUUUGUAAAUGACGUGACAAUGUUUAAAUACUUCUGAAAAUAAAAAACAAUUUAUGUAAAAAAAAAAAA